CCGGACCCCCGGCCGGGCCGGGGCGCGGCUCUCGCCGCCGCCGCCAGGGGGCGCCGCUCCCGUGUCGGGGCCCGCGGCGGCCUUCGCUCCCGGAUCACGUGACCGCGGGGCGGAAGCGGCGGGGGGACAUGGCCAAGUACCUGGCGCAGAUCAUCCUGGUGGGAGCCCAGGUGGUCGGACGGGCCUUCGUGCGGGCACUGCGCCAGGAGUUUGCAGCGAGCCGAGCAGCAGCAGAUGCACGAGGGCGCUCAGAGAGGCCUCAGUCCGCUGCUGCCUCCAGGAUCACCGGCAUCAGCCUUCAAGAAGCUCAGCAGAUCCUCAACGUCUCAAGCCUCAACCCAGAAGAGAUCCAGAAGAACUACGACCACUUGUUCAAGGUGAACGACAAGUCAGUAGGAGGCUCCUUCUACCUGCAGUCCAAGGUGGUGAGAGCCAAGGAGCGGCUGGAUGAGGAGCUCCGCAUCCAGGCCAGGGAUGAAAAGGAGAAGGGCUGGAAAGCUGAGACGUGACUCCUGCCGUCCCCACGCCCUCUGUCCCUCACCCUUAACUUAUAGGUAGCCAAUAAAUGCUGUGUGUCCA